CGGCCUCGCAGCGGGAACAUGUUUCGAGACCCCCCAUCUUCAACACCUCUGGCAGCCCGUUGGGGCGCCAGUGGGGUUGUCGAGGGCCAGCCAUUGCAACCAUUACAGCCAUUACAGCACCCAGACAAUGCAGGCCGUUCUGAACUGGCUCUACGCCGCCGUGCAGCCGCUCUACGCCAACCCGAUCCUCACGUACCAGGACGUGUCGCUGGUCCUGUCGGUGUUCCAGGAUGUCCGGAUCCGCACAGAGGUCGCCAACGGCGCCCUGCUGCUCAAGCUGUACACCGUCCAGGACGCAGCGGACACCGCCGAUGCGGCAGCGGGCCUCCGGCUCCUGGCGGCUGCGUCGCCGCCGCUUGGCGUGCAGGUCUACCUGCCGAGAGACUACCCGCAGUCCCCGCCGGUUGUCCUGCUGGCGCCGGCCGACAGCAAGUCCCACACACUGGCCGCCAGCACGUACCUCACGCAGGCAGGGACAUUUACACACCCGCUUCUCGACGCCUGGACCUACACACACGCCAACUCCCGCUCCAACGACGGCGUACCACCGAGGGAAAACAGACUCCUCGUCCUCUUCUACACGUUGCACCGCCUCAUUGCAGAACACCCGUCGAUCUGGGUCCAGCGCAUACCCUCGUUGCCGCCAAAACCGUCUCGGACACUGCCUGCGGCACCGACCCGAGCUCCGGCUCCGACUACUCCAGCCGAGUCACCAGCAGUGACAUCAAGAGUGCCGCCACCGCUGCCUCCACCUCCCUCGUCGUCGUCAGAGAAAACCACGGCAACAGCGUCCCCGGCUUCCUCCUCUACCGCUCUCCCGCCGCAGCUUCCCCCAAACCCCAUCCGCCAGGCACUCAUCCGGAAUGCUUCAGAAAGACUCAAUGCGGAGCUCCUCACGCUUCUGAACGGCUCCUCGCAGUACAGCCCACUCCCACCUAUUUCGACAGUACUCGAAAACCAGCGCAAGCUCGUCGCCUCUUAUGACACGUUCAAUCGCACCGCCAAGUCAAUUGAGGGCAUCAGUACAAGUCUGGGAACAAAUACCCCCGUCGUCGAGUUGAAAAGUGCCGAAGCGUCUGCUCUCAUUGAAAAAGUGCGUAAUUAUGUUGACUCGGACUACAACCAUGAGGAAAACUUGCUUCUACCAUUGGACAGUAGAAGCAAACAAUUGCAUGACUUGUGUUUCCGAGAAGCGUCGCAGAUGGACUCACUACAUUUCCUCGAACUAUUGUUCAAUACACAGAAAAUCAGCUUCACAGACUAUGUGGAAAACGUGAGGAAAGUGUCGAGGGAAAGAGCAAAGGUUUUGAUAUGGAUUAACAAAUUUAACUAAAUAAAUAGGUGAGUAAAUA